AUGGUUUACUUGGGCAACAAGAUCUUUCGAGGCAAGAAGGAGCAAGAGGCUUUCGAUAAGACGUUUGCAGGAAGGUACCAGAAGCUUCUCCGGAAGAAUCACUUUCUUUUCUUUGGCCUCCCUUUUAUGCUAAGCAUUUACGCUGGGGCCUUGUACCUCCAAAAGUUCACUGCUGUGAAGUGGGAGAAGUAUGACGAGAAACACAGGCAGUUGAGUGAGGACGAGAUGCUCAGCAUGAUUGACAAAAAACGGUCUUUUGAUAAGCGUGACGACUACUAUAGACUUCAGGGUCUCUUAAAAGACCACACCGAGGACGUUCAGGAUGAUUACGAGAUCGUACGUGUGCAGAGAAGGAAAGAAGACGAACCCGUUUGGUGGAAGCCUCUGAGUUGA